CGCCUUGGCCUUCAGAGUUUCAGGGCACGCAGUGCUUAGGCGCACUUCCCGCUACCGAGUUUCGUGACCCCUCCUGAGGUCGCUGGAGGCCGGGCUAGGCAGGUGCUUUCAAAAGGCGGCCCGGCCACUUGAGUAUCUACAGUGCUUACUCUGCACCCGGCUCUACCCGGAGAGCGUUGUGGAGACAGCGGAGUGGUGGUGUCCGGACAGGGACAACUCUGGACCGGCCACAGCACCCCUGUGCUUCAGUGGCAAACUCAGCGCCAGGCUUCACAAUGCUGCUCUCGCUUUAGUCCCAAGCGUCCAGAAACCAGGGGGUUAGAAACACUUCGCCCUGAGAGCAGAGGCAAGGGUUACGGCCUCUCCUUCUGAUGAGACGAGAAGGGAAGGAUGGACUACACGCACCAAACUGCCCUGGUCCCGUGCGGACAGGAUAAAUACAUGUCCAAGAACGAACUUCUCCUUCACCUGAAGACCUACAACCUGUACUAUGAAGGCCAGAACCUGCAGCUGCGACACCGAGAGGAGGAAGACGAGUUCAUUGUGGAGGGGCUGCUGAACAUCUCCUGGGGGCUGCGCAGGCCCAUUCGACUCCAGAUGCAGGAUGACCACGAACGCAUCCGUCCUCCUCCAUCCUCCUCCUCCUGGCACUCUGGCUGUAACCUGGGCGCGCAGGGCACCACCCUGAAGCCCCUCACCAUGCCCACCGUCCAGAUUUCAGAAGUGGAUGCGCCCACUGACACCAGCGAGACACCCAGCCCCACAGACUCCAGGGGCCUGAAGCCUGUGCAGGAGGACACCCCACAGUUGAUGCGCACACGCAGCGAUGUUGGGGUGCGUCGCCGUGGCAAUGUGAGGACAUCCAGUGACCAGCGGCGAAUCAGACGCCAUCGCUUCUCUAUCAAUGGCCAUUUCUACAACCACAAGACAUCAGUUUUCACACCAGCUUAUGGCUCUGUCACCAAUGUCCGCAUCAACAGCACCAUGACCACCCCCCAGGUCCUGAAGCUGCUGCUCAACAAGUUUAAGAUUGAGAACUCGGCAGAGGAAUUUGCCCUGUACGUGGUCCAUACCAGUGGUGAGAAGCAGAAGCUGAAGAACUCUGACUACCCUCUGAUCGCCCGCAUCCUCCAGGGCCCCUGUGAACAGGUCUCUAAGGUCUUCCUGAUGGAGAAGGACCAGGUGGAGGAGGUCACCUAUGAUGUGGCCCAGUACAUCAAGUUUGAGAUGCCAGUCCUUAAAAGCUUCAUCCAGAAACUCCAGGAGGAAGAAGACCGGGAGGUGGAGAAGCUGAUGCGCAAGUACACCGUGCUUCGGCUAAUGAUUCGGCAAAGGCUGGAGGAGAUAGCAGAGACCCCCGAGACUAUCUGAGCCACGGAAGCAAGAGGAAUCCAGACACUCCAGGGGCUGCUGCUGACCUGAGAAGACCCGUGGGAGGCUAGGCACCGGCCUUCCACACAAACCUCUGCAGGGCCCCAGAAGCCAGCAUUGCUCCCUGGAGUAGGACACAGAAGAAAUGUUCCCUAUUUCUGGAUCCCUGUCCUUCUUUGUUUUAUUCUCUAAGGAGGCCCCACAAUGUGUGUGUUCACAUAACUUAAUGUG